AUGGAGAGAGGGGUAAUUCUUGCAUCGCUGGAAGACGCGUGUGUGAAGGGCACCUUGGUCGGGGUGCCGCGGCUUGUGCUCGUCCUCGUUGCCGUCCGGUCGUUCUCCAGUACAGCUACAGUUCCCGUCGCAACUGGGGCUGAUGUGGUCGUGACGCAUCGAGAAGUGGCGAAAGUCUAUCAUCACUGGAUGACUUGGAGUGAGAAGGGCACCUUGGUCAGAAUUACACGACAUGGUCACGUCCUCGUCGCCGUCCGGUCGUUCUCCAGUCCCGCCACAGCCCUUGCCGCUACCAGGGCUGAUGUGGGCGCGGCUUUAGGUGAGUGGAUGGGAGUUGGAGGAGGGGGAUGGGGGUCGACAGCGUGGAGAUUGGGGGUUCAUGGUGGAGUCGAUCGUCUCCUAGGGAUGAACUUGGCGCUGUUCCGGACCGAGAGCGGGGUGGCGUGCGUGACGGAUGCUUACUGUCCGCACUUGGGGGCGAACAUGGGGGUCGGUGGGAGGGUGGUCGGGGAAUGCAUCGAGUGUCCCUUUCAUGCAUGGCUGUUCCAGGGAUCCGACGGGAAAUGCUCCUACUCGCCCUAUACUGAUAAAGCGCCGACAUUCGCGAAGGUGAAGACGCACCUGGUGGACGAGGCCAUCGGGUACAUCUGGAUUUGGUUUCACUCAGAGGGAGUAGAACCGACUUAUCGAAUCCCUCGACUACCGGAGAUCCACGAGCAGAACUGGAAGUACAUGGGACGGACGGAGCACUACGUCAACGUCCACAUACAGGACAUCGCGGAGAACGGAGCGGACAUGGCCCACUUCACCGUGGUGCACGGACCCGUGAUCGCCAUGGGCAGCGACCUGAGGAAGGCCGGCUCCUCCUUCUGGAAGGCGAUCCAUCACACCUGGAAUGCGACGUGGGCCCCGCUGCCCCAUCCCGAAGGACACGUGGGACACCUCGACGUCGUCCAGAAACUUUCUUUCUUCGACAAGUUCUUCACGAUGACCGUGAAGGGGAACCUCGACAUGGUGGGACCCAGCCUAGUGAUCAUGCGCCUGUCGGGGGCAGCCAUCGGGGACGUGCUCAUCGUCCAUUCCGUGACGCCGGUGGGUCCCUUGAUGCAGCGGUUGAUCCACCGCGUUUACACUUCCCGGACCUGGAUGGCCCCGAUCGCGAAGCUUUUUCUCUUCGUCGAGGCGAUCAAUAUUCUCGAACGGGACAUGAUGGUGUGGAACAACAAGCGCUUCGAGAAGAAUCCCCUUCUCGUGAAGGAAGAACGCCCCAUCCAGGAAUUCCGGCGUUGGUACUCCCAGUUCUAUUCGGAGAACAGUCCCAAAUUCGAGUUCUCUAACAAGUUGGACAUGCAAUGUCCCUCAUUCUCUUGCACCCACGUCUCUGCCGUGGAAGAGAGGAAGAAGACGGGCAGCACUGGCGAAAGUGGGGAAUUUCUCGGGAUGAAGUCCAUCCAGUCGAUGAAUGCAGAUCGACGCCCCGAUUCACAGGCGUCGAGGGAUCCACAACGAAAGAAGGGCAACGCGAGGCGGGGUUCGAGUAGGUCUCGCAUCGACUUCCAGAAGAAGCGUCAUCAUCCAUCCAUGGCAAGCCACGAUCCGGCGAGAGAUCCCAUCGAUGCUAGGAACCCUCAAGUGGAGUUCGAGAAGAGGGGAGGCAUCAGCUUCCGGAAGUAA